CCCGCGGGUUCGCGCGUCAGUACGAAAGCAUGUUUACAUGGCGGCCAGUGAACCGACCAGUCUGGAUUUCCUACCUGAUGCUCUUCGCAAUGCGCUGCUCGAUUUCCAGAGAACUGGCAUUCAAUUUGCCAUCAAGAACAAUGGAAGGUGUCUUAUUGGAGAUGAGAUGGGACUUGGUAAGACAUUACAGGCCAUCAGUGUUGCCUAUUAUUAUAAAGAUGAAUGGCCUCUCCUGAUAGUUGUGCCAUCUUCUAUGAAGUAUCCAUGGAUUGAAGAGAUAGAGAAAUGGCUGCCUGAUAUAGAACCUACAGAUAUCAACUUAAUUCGGUCUGGGACAGAUGUUUGUAACAUUCCAACUUCAAAAAUUAACGUCAUUGGUUAUGGACUAAUUGGGGGCCGGACAUCUUUCAAGCUGCUCAAUGAAGCCCUGAAAGAACAGAAGUUUAAAGUCAUCAUACUAGAUGAGUCACACUACCUGAAGAACAGAAAAGCUAGUCGGACAAAAACGCUUCAUCCAAUGGCAAGAGAUGCCAAUAGGGCGCUGUUACUGUCAGGGACGCCGUCGUUGGCUAGGCCUGAAGAGUUGUAUAUUCAGCUUGACAUUGUGCGACCCAAGAUGUUUGGUUCGUUCAGUAACUUUGCAAAGCGCUAUUGUGAAGCAUACAUGGAGACCAUUGGCAAAUUUAAGAAAUGGAAUACAAGGGGAGCUAGUAAUCUGGCCGAGCUGUAUCAUCGUCUGCAUGAUGGCAUUAUGAUCAGAAGGCAAAAGAAGCAUGUUCUGACACAAUUGCCACCUAAAAGAAGACAGAAGAUCACCUUUGAUCUGCCUGAUUCAGAGCACAAGAAAGCCCUUGAUGAGACGAAGAAGGAAUUCCGUGACCAACACAAUAUAUUCAGCUCCAAGCAGUCAACAAGUGAACAGAAGCGAGAUGCACUUAUGGACUUGAACAGGCUUUCUAUAUUGCUCUACCACUAUACUGGACUGGCAAAGGCUGGCUCAGUGCAGCAGUAUUUGGGUGAUCUUCUUGAUGGUGCUGACAAUAAGUUCAUUGUGUUCUGUCGACACAAGCUUGUGAUGGAUGCAGUUGUUGAGACAAUAGCAAAGAGAGGGGUGAAGUACAUCCGCAUUGCUGGUGACGUACCAUCUAGUGUGCGAGGGGGCAUGGUUCAUCGCUUCCAGGAGGACCCCACAUGCCGUAUCGCUGUGCUUGCUAUUGAGGCUGCUUCUUUUGGUUUGACGUUAACAGCAGCAGACCAGGUAGUAUUUGCUGAGCUUCACUUUACCCCAGGCGUACUCCUACAAGCAGAGGACCGUGCACACAGAAUUGGACAGACCAAUGCCGUCAACAUCCAUUACCUGGUGGGGCGUGGCACAUUAGACGAGGUCUUGUGGACCAAGAUACAACGAAAGCUCAUGGUGACUAGCAGUGCGCUUGAUGGACAAAUGAGCGAAUUGCAAGCGGAUGAUGGGGACGAAGCCACCUCUCGACGGCUUGCCUCGUGCGCUGCUUGGAUUCAGCAAGACAUCACUGAAGAUGAUGACGAUGAUACAAGCUUUCUAUUUACUCAGCGGUCAAAGAAAUCAGCAAAGGCUGACAACAACCAGAUGAAGCUACAUAGCUUCUUUUCCCAGUCUUCCUCAGCUUCCUCUAACACAGCAAGCCCGCGCUGUCUGGUUGACAUUAGCAGUGAUGACUCAGACACGGAUGACCUGAUUCGUGCUUCAAUACAAAGUGAGAAAGCACUUGUGGAGGGUAGAAGCUGUGAGGAAAAUAUCGGUGAGAAGAUCUUGCUUCUAAACCCACAACUUACCCCUCGUAAACCUGACUAUGACGAGUCUCUCAAGGAAAAAUCAUCCAAGAAGAUAUCCAAUCACCCUACCGGCAGCGUAAUACUACAAACCUUACCCUGCAACAACGAAUCCAAAUCUUCAAAGCAACAGAUAAUUUCAAGCCCUAAGAAUCACAUCAGCGACACACCACAGACCUUACUGGAAAUUCAGGAACCUGGAAAUGUAUUACUAGACCUUAGUAAAUCCCCAGAGUGUGUUGAGCCCAGUGGAAACAAACAGGUAUCUCCAGGAAGGGAGUCCAGUGAUUCUGAUGUUACCGAACCACAAACCUGCCAUGACACGUUAGGUCCAGACGCUGAAGGUAUAUGCAUCAUCCGACGGAAGAACGACUUAACUUCUGCUCCAAAACCAUCUCUUGAGAAUACAUGCUCGGUUACCACAAUUGGAUCUGAGAACAUUCCAAGGUUAACAGGAUCGUGUGGAGGUGUAACUCCGCCAAUACACCGUAUCAAGUUUGUCUCUUCGCGACCCAAGAACGCGACCACCACAAAACACUUCUCAUUACCUUCUCUUCUGAGUCAUACUCAAACACAAGAUGGUGAAAUGUGUUAUAAGAUAGAGAAAAGUUCAGGAGGGGUGGCCGAUAUUACCAACAAAGAUACAAAAGACGUUCUAUUGAGUACUUCCAGCGUUGAAACAUCCGGACUCUCUGUUGACAGAAAGUCCAAUAGAAUGCAAGGCCAGAAAGAACUUAAAGUGCACACUGCGAGUGAUGAUUCUGAUAGCGAUUUCACAGAGAAUAAAUCACUUACGCCGUUCAGUGCUAAAGAAGUUAAUCGUGGUAAAAAGCCAACUAGUAAAGCGAAGAAGCCAUCAAAAAGAAAACGGCCCAGUUUGAAGACCGUGCAAAAGAGACCGAAAACGGUUCCAUGGUCAUGUGUGGCAUGUACGUUUGUUAAUGAUCCGAGCAUGAUCGAGUGUUCUAUUUGUUUCACUGCUAGAAACACUGCUUCUGAUGAUGUCGCGGAUACUUCAAGUAAGCAGGGGAUUUCAAAAUGUACUUUUAAGAGUAGUGACCGUGGACUAGGUCCCGAAUUUGAACAUGAAGUGAUACCAGUACGGGAUGGUUCUUACAAAGGUAGAACUUCUUCCACUUUGACAGCAACAUCCCUGAAAAUGAAAGGCGAAAACAGAACAGCGACUAAUUAUCAUAUGGCACAAGAGCUUGGAAAUAAUGGAUGCUCUGAACAAUCAAUAUACUCCACUGCCGAAACUAGUGAAUCUUCAGAGUCAAUGAUAUCAAAUCAAGGCCCUAUGAGCCAUAGCAAGCUGGAAAGCAAAGUAAGCGAACAGUUGGGAUUUAUCUCCGAUCAAAACUCGCCCAACUGUUACGUAAAAGUGUCAGAAUGCUCACUUUCUAAGACACCUACUAGUAGUCGAGCUGAUUGCAGCCAGACAAAUAACUUUCAGUCUUGUAAACCGUCUAGUAGUCAAAUAAACGCCACAGAGCCAAGUACACACCCGGUCAGUCAACCAGGCUCCAGUCCUUCACAGACCUCUACUUGUAGUCAGGUAAAUCCACCUGAGCCUCGAACGCCGCCAUCUUGGAUCUGUGGCGCAUGCACGUUGGAGAAUGACUGGCAGCUCAUUGAGUGCUCAGUGUGCAUGACACCGCGCAGGCGGAGUAAACGUCGGAGCAACAGCAACAACAGCAACAAGGAUAAGAAAGCAGCUUGUGGACUGAAUUCUUGUGAAUGUUUAUUGCCUCAGGUGGAGGCGCAAAAGGAGAAGUCAAAUGUCAAAGAAAGUUUACUAAACGAUUUUCCUACGUAUUAUAAGAAAAAAGAGACUACCUCCAGAGACUUUACAGAUGGUGAGCUAAAGACUCAAAAGACUUCUGAGGGUACUUGCCUUCCUGAUACUAAAAAUACCUUAGCCAGAACUAUGACAAUGAAUACGGCUUCUGUGGACGAAACAAUGGAUAGUACUAUGGGCCAUACAUCGUCACACAAUUCUUUGACAAUGUAUAACCCUUCGCUUGUCAACUCCACAGCAGAGAAGAAACUUACACCGCAAUGUGCAAAGCCUAACGCAUUACUAGCGAGUUCUUCUGUACGUUUUGAUUUGCGACAAGGAAAUUGCAAAAACGACCCAAAUAGCUUAACAAUGCAGCCAAAAAAGCGCUUACGAUUAGAAGAGACUAUUUUGGAAUGUCCCGAAAGUUCAAACGAACUGCUUUUUGAAAGUGACAGUAAUGAUGAAAGUAAGUCAUUAACAGUUAACGAUGGUGUCGAAAAUGACAAUGAUGAUUGUGUUGAGCUCGGGUCAACAGCUGCCAAUCAAAAUAUCCAUGAAUCAUUGGCUGCCAGCCAUGAUGACGUCACUUCUAAUGAUGACGUCAGAUCGUCAGCUGUCAAUCAAAACGUACCGGAAGUAUCAGUUACAGGUUCUGCACAUGUCAGUCAAGGUACAGCCGAAUCACUGGCAGACUUACAAGCGGCCGCGGAAGUUAUUUUUGGCGACGAUGAUGAAUUUUCGGAAACAUUUCCCAUUGAAUCAUCUCUACCGGACCCGAUAUCUCAUGCAAAUUUCCAAGAAACAGCAGAAAGUUCCAGGAAAUCGUUCCUUGACAGACCACCACAAGAACCACGAAAGCUCCUCUUUUCUUUGAGUUUUUACACUGACCGGGUCUAUCUCUACAACGAGAAUGGAGACCCUCUGUGUGAAAACUUCCUGACGAAUGAUGUUUGUAACAACAACCUGGCAGACCUGCCUCACACCCUACAGCACGAACACAACCUGAAACAGGCCAAAAGGAUGGUGCAAGAGAUGACUAGAUUGGGUGAAGGGAUGAGGCGAUUAGUGCGCAAGUCCGGUCUGAUCUUCUCGACCCCAGUGGAGGCCUAUCAAUGCGCUUUCAAGAUGAAGAAGCAACUUUCAAGCACCAAACGUCAUAUGUCCAAGGAAGCUCGUGUACAACGCGUGGUUGAAGCAGCCACGAAAGUUGGUGGAGAAACCCGUAUAGUGACCAAGGAUUUCAAAUCGCCAAAAAGAAAGCGAAGAUCAUGCAAUUCGACUCAAGUCGCAACCAAACAAGAGCUGCCGUCGACUCCAAAGAUUUCUGGCGGGUCUCCUGUGGUUAGCGGAUCUGGCAUCAUUAAAAGCCAUUCUAGCGUCCAGGCCUUCUGUCCCGACGGGACCGCUCUCUGUUUAUACUGCGAGGGACGUGUGGAUUAUGGAGCCAAGGGAACCGCCUGGGAUGCGCGCUUUUGUUCGUAUGACUGCAAGCAAGAUUAUCAGAUUCGGGUCAGUGGUACUUCUGUGCGGCGCAACCUUUUCGAAGCUGAGCACGGCGUUUGUCAGCUGUGUCGCCUGGAUGCGCAUGCGCUCUUCCAAAGUGUCAAAGCCAUUCCUAAGAAGGAACGUCGAGCCUUCCUGGAAACAAGCCAGUAUAAAGACCUCCCUCCUGUCAACCUGAACAGAAUGAUAUUGGAACCCAAAGAGGGAAUGUUCUGGGAGGCGGAUCACAUCCAAGCAGUUGCUGAGGGGGGAGGGGAGUGUGGAAUGGACAACUUUCGCACGCUCUGUAUCCCCUGCCACCGACGUGUUACCGCUGACCUUCUAAGCAAGCUCAAAAAGAAACGAAAACGCCUUCAAGUAUUAGAUAUCCCGGAUAUAUCAACAUUCUUUCACCCACAAAACACGUGACGAACCGAUAACAAUAUAUAUUUUUUUCGACGAAUACAAUUUUUUUUAUCACUCCAGUUUCCGAUAACGGAAACUGAUGCUCUUCUCAAGAAUCCAAAAACGCUGAUACUCAAUCCCGUUUUUUCCCCUUAGAGAAGAUUUUCGAUACACACAAACAAAGGAACAUAACAAGACAUAAGCCAAUCAAGUGAACUAAUUGAUAAUGAACAGAGGCUGAUUUAGGGGUGGGCCGAGCACCCUCCCCCCCUCCCCUCCCCCCAUUUAAGAUAUUAAAAUAACCAAGAAUAUAAGGAAAUCCACGGAAGAACAAUGAAUCCGGCCCCCCUGCCCCCCCCCCCCCUUUUUAGAGCUCCUGGAUCCGCCCCUGAUGAACAAACGAUGAAGGCGUCAACCAAUCAGAUCAACUAAUAAAUAAUAGAAACGAAGAAAGCUCGAUUAGCAGGAAAAUGGUAUUGAUAUUAAAAAGUUGACUUUCGCUUACCUAAAAGUCGCGUUCGCUGACUUCAGUUAAAGUUAAUGUUCUUUUAUGGGUGAUUUCAAGAGAACAUUAUGUAAGAGAACGAUUCCCCUGUAUUAGGGUAUGUUCCAAUGAUGUCGUCCAUGAAAGCUAUUUUAAAAACAAGCAGUUAUUUUUAGAUACGCCUCUGAUUGGCUAGCGCUCACGUAUCCUAGCAGCACAAGUCUUUAUAAUGAAGUAAAUCUUAUUCCAGUGACAAGGGUUUCUUUAGUGACAUGAUUUCUGAACAUUUGCGUGAAAAAUUGAAGUUCAUUCAUCUAAAAAUAUUGUAAAUCAAAGAAAAAUAAAGGCUUUCUUGUAUUAAAAUGCAUAACAUAGACUCUGAGAAUGCCUAGGUAUUCUAUCUCACCGAAUUGAAGACAAAAAUAACUUAGGAGUCAGCCUGAUGAAUCUCGGAUGAAUUCCGAAUUCGCCGUCUCUCCGACGUCUUGCCGUUCAAUUAUUUAUAUAACAUUUAGAUAACUUAACAUUAGAUAACUUAACAGAUACCAGGACACCAUCCUACAAGUAGCAUUGUAAUCAUGAGCUACGAGGAGCAGCUAAAAGGAUAAAAACAGGUAGCGAAGGAAGUAAAGAAGUGCAGAGAGGGGAAAAAUUGUGAAAAUGUACUAGCUCGCGAGGUACCCAUAACCAAAUAUGGCGCGAUGAACCAUAUAUGGAUGCUAUGAUUGACAAGCUCGCGAAAUCUAAAAAAUAGCUUUCUUGGACGACAUCAUGGGCCACGGGGAUUCGUUCUCUUAUAUCAUGGUCUCUUGGUGAUUUCCAAUAAUUAAACGUCAUAACGUCUAUGUUUUUAUUUGUUUUGUUUUCCAUUGGUAUGGCACUAAUUGUAUGGCACUAGUAUGUUCUGAUUCCUUAAGUGUUUUCAAUGGCUUCCGUCGGUCAAGUCUUGAAUGAGACUUGAGUGAGAUUUCGUGAUAGGGAGCCUAAGUCCAUUUAAAAACGCUAGUGAGGAGGUCCCACGAUAUUAAAGCCGCAGUAACACUAGAAUCACAUGGGGACGUGCUUUCAAAGCAACAUAUAUAUACACUAAAGUCUUACAUUAUUCAUACCUUUCCUAUUUAUGUUUAUUUUGGAAACUCUUAUUGUUCUGCCACAUUGCCUCGAUAAACAUUAAAAGUAAAUAUUCUGAUUA